AUGACCGCCGCCAGACAAGCUCUGCUUCCGGCUGGUACACUCCAGGUCCCCCUGCCCAAGUUGGGCCAGAAGUGGGAGCUCUUCAGCAUCGACCCGCGGGCCGGGCUCAUCACCACCACGCAGGCCCUCGACCGGGAGAGCAUGGAGCUCCACUACUUCCGCGUGACGGCCGCCGACCACGGGGCGCCGCGGCUUUCCGCCACCACCAUGGUGGCCAUCGCCGUGGGCGACCGCAACGACCACGACCCGGUCUUUGAGCAGGGCGAGUACCGGGAGACCAUCCGGGAGAACGUGGAGGAGGGAUACCCCAUCCUGCAGCUGCGGGCCACCGAUGUCGACUCCCCGCCCAAUGCCAACAUUCGCUACCGCUUCGUCAACGAGCGGGCUGCCCACGCCGUCUUCGAGAUUGACCCCCGCUCCGGCCUCAUCACCACCAGCGGGCCGGUAGACAGGGAGAAGAUGGAGAGAUACUCCUUGGUGGUGGAGGCCAACGACCAGGGGAGGGAGCCGGGGCCCCGUUCUGCCACGGUCAAGGUCUACAUCACGGUCCUUGACGAGAAUGACAACACCCCUCAGUUCAGCGAGAAGCGCUACAUCGUCCAGGUGAGGGAGGACAUACGGCCCCACACUGAGAUCCUGCGUGUCACCGCCACGGACCUGGACAAAGACAACAAUGCGCUGGUCCACUACAACAUCAUCAGCGGGAACAGCCGGGGCCAUUUCUCCAUCGACAGCAUCACUGGGGAGAUACAGGUGGUGGCCCCGCUGGAUUUUGAGGUGGAGCGGGAGUAUGCCCUGAGGAUCCGGGCUCAGGAUGCAGGGCGCCCUCCACUAUCUAACAACACCGGCAUGGUCAGCAUCCAGGUAGUGGACAUCAACGACCAUGCCCCCAUCUUUGUCAGCACCCCUUUCCAGAUCUCCGUCCUGGAGAACGCUCCCCUUGGCCACUCCGUCAUCCACAUCCAGGCUGUGGACGCGGACUACGGUGAGAACUCGCGCCUGGAGUACAAACUGACGGGGAUCUCAGCCGACACGCCCUUUGUGGUGAACAGUGCCACGGGGUGGAUCACGGUCAGUGGGCCCUUGGACCGGGAGUCGGUUGAGCACUACUUUUUUGGGGUAGAGGCUCGAGACCAUGGCUCUCCAUCUUUGUCUGCCUCUGCCAGUGUCACUAUCACUGUCAUGGAUGUCAACGACAACCGUCCCGAGUUUACCCAGAAGGAGUACUUCAUCCGCCUGAAUGAGGACGCAGCCGUGGGGACCAGCGUCCUCAGCGUCACAGCGAUCGACCGGGACGUGAACAGUGCCAUCACCUACCAGAUCACGGGAGGCAACACGCGGAACCGCUUCUCCAUCAGCACACAAGGUGGGAUGGGGCUCAUCACUCUCUCUUUGCCGCUGGACUACAAGCAGGAGAGGCGCUACGUGCUCACUGUGACGGCCUCCGACCGCACCCUGCGUGACAACUGCCAUGUUCACAUCAACAUCACUGAUGCCAACACGCACCGGCCCAUGUUCCAGAGUGCCCACUACUCUGUGAGCAUCAAUGAGGACCGGCCUGUGGGCAGCACUGCGGUGGUGAUCAGCGCCACAGACGAUGACGUGGGGGAAAACGCCCGCAUCACAUACUACCUAGAAGACAACGUCCCUCAGUUUCGCAUCGAUCCAGACUCUGGAGCCAUCACUCUCCAGGCAGAAUUGGACUAUGAGGACCAGGUCACCUACACGUUGGCUAUCACUGCCAAGGACAAUGGGAUUCCCCAGAAAGCGGACACCACCUAUGUUGAAAUUAUGGUGAAUGAUGUUAAUGACAACGCCCCCCAGUUCGUCAGCCCUCAUUACCAGGGCAUGAUCUCUGAGGAUGCACCUCCCUUCACCAGCGUGCUCCAGAUCUCUGCUACUGACCGGGAUGCCCACACCAAUGGGCGAGUGCAGUACACCUUCCAGAACGGAGAGGAUGGGGAUGGAGACUUCACCAUAGAGCCCACCUCGGGGAUCAUUCGCACUGUCCGCAGGCUGGACCGUGAGAACGUUCCCGUCUACGAGCUGACUGCAUAUGCUGUUGACAGGGGCAUCCCUCCUCAGCGAACUCCUGUCCAUAUCCAGGUUACCAUUCAGGAUGUGAAUGACAACGCCCCUGUCUUUCCCGCUGAAGAGUUUGAGGUCCUGGUAAAGGAGAACAGCAUUGUAGGCUCUGUCGUGGCCCAAAUCACAGCCGUCGAUCCGGAUGAGGGACCCAAUGCCCAGAUUAUGUACCAAAUUGUAGAAGGCAACAUCCCCGAGAUAUUCCAGAUGGACAUCUUUUCUGGGGAGCUCACAGCUUUGAUAGACCUGGAUUAUGAGACAAAACCCGAGUAUGUGAUUGUAGUGCAAGCCACCUCUGCCCCACUGGUCAGCAGAGCCACGGUCCACAUCAGACUCAUUGACCAGAAUGACAACAGCCCCAUUCUCAAGAACUUCCAGAUACUGUUCAAUAACUAUGUGUCCAAUAAAUCAAACACCUUCCCCUCGGGGGUCAUAGGGAAGGUCCCAGCUUAUGACCCAGAUGUGUCCGACCGCCUCUUCUACACCUUUGAGCGGGGAAAUGAACUGCACUUGUUGAUUGUAAAUCAAUCCAGCGGGGAGCUGAGGCUGAGCCGUAAGCUGGACAACAACCGUCCACUUGUGGCCUCCAUGCUGGUGACCGUCACAGACGGGAUCCACAGCGUGACAGCCCAGUGUGUCCUGCGGGUGAUCAUCAUCACGGAGGACAUGUUGGCCAACAGCAUCACGGUGCGGCUGGAGAACAUGUGGCAAGAGCGCUUCCUUUCCCCCCUGCUGUCCACCUUCCUGGAAGGGGUGGCCACCGUGCUCGCGACGCCCAAGGAGGACAUCUUCAUCUUCAACAUCCAGAACGACACGGACGUGGGUGGCACGGUGCUCAAUGUUAGCUUCUCGGCCCUGGCACCACGGGGCGGGCGGUACUUCAGCUCGGAGGAGCUGCAGGAGCAGCUGUACAUGAAGCGCAUGGCGCUGACAGGCGCCUCCAUGCUGGAGGUGCUGCCCUUUGACGACAACGUCUGCCUGCGGGAGCCCUGCCAGAACUACAUGAAGUGCAUCUCCGUCCUCAAGUUCGACAGCUCAGCCCCUUUCAUUGCCUCCCCCUCCACCCUCUUUCGGCCCAUCCACCCCAUCACCGGCCUGCGGUGUCGCUGCCCACAGGGCUUCACCGGGGACUACUGUGAAACAGAGAUCAACCUCUGCUACUCCAAUCCCUGCCUAAAUGGCGGGAUCUGCACCCGCAAGGAGGGAGGAUACACGUGCGUUUGCCGCCAGCACUUCAGUGGUGAGAACUGUGAAGUGGACAGCCGCUCGGGGCGCUGCAUGCCUGGUGUGUGCCGCAAUGGCGGCACCUGCACCAACGGCGCCGACGGGGGCUUCCGCUGCCAGUGCCCGGCGGGCGGCUUUGAGAUGCCCUUCUGCGAAGUGUCCACACGCUCCUUCCCACCGCGAUCCUUCGUCAUGUUCCGGGGCCUGCGCCAGCGCUUCCACCUCACCCUCACCCUCUCGUUCAGCACCGUGGAGCCCAGCGGCCUCCUGCUCUACAACGGGCGCCUGAACGAGAGGCACGACUUCCUGGCGGUGGAGAUCAUCCAGGGGCAAGUCCAGCUGAAAUACUCCACAGGAGAGUCCAGCACGGUGGUGAGCCCCUACCUGCCGGGGGGCGUGAGUGAUGGGCAGUGGCACACGCUGCAGCUCCGCUACUACAACAAGCCCAAGGUCAGUGCCCUGGGAGUAGUUCAGGGCCCCUCCAAGGACAAGGUGGCCAUUUUGACAGUGGACGAAUGUGAUGCCUCAGUGGCCCUGCAAUUCGGCAGUGAGAUUGGGAACUACUCCUGUGCCGCAGAGGGUGUGCAGACCAGCUCGAAGAAGUCCCUGGACCUCACAGGUCCCUUGCUCCUCGGAGGGGUCCCCAACCUGCCGGAAAACUUCCCCGUCACUCACCGGGACUUUGUGGGAUGCAUGAGAGACCUGUACAUUGACAGCAAACGCAUCGACCUGGCCUCCUACAUUGCCAACAACGGAACCGCUCCAGGCUGCCAUGCCAAGCACACGUUCUGUGACUCCAGCCCCUGCAAGAACGGCGGCACCUGCUCUGUCAGCUGGGGGACCUACUCCUGCCUCUGUCCUGUUGGCUUCGGGGGCAAAGACUGCCGCCACCCCAUGCACCAUGCCCACUAUUUCCAGGGCAACAGUGUCCUGACCUGGGACUUCAAGACAGACGUGAAGAUCUCAGUGCCAUGGUACCUGGGGCUCGCAUUUCGGACGCGCCAGCCGGAUGGGGUGCUUCUGCAGGCCCAUGCCGGCCAGUAUACCACCCUGCUGUGCCAGCUGGCUGGGGGCCUGCUCUCCUUCAUGGUGAGCAGGGGGUCCGGGCGCAGCACCAGCCUCCUCCUGGACCAGCUGCAGCUCAGCGAUGGGAGAUGGCACGACCUCCAGCUGGAGCUGCGGGACGUCCGCAGUGGGCGAGACUCGCGCUACGUCAUCACCCUCACCCUGGACUUUGGGCUCUACCAGGACACGGUGGUUGUUGGAAAUGAACUGCAUGGCCUGAAGGUGAAACAUCUGCACGUGGGGGGAGUCCUGGGCUCUGGCGAGGUGCAGAAUGGGCUGAGGGGCUGCAUACAGGGUGUGCGACUUGGUGACAGCGUCACCGGGACUGCGCUGCCCAAGCCCAGCCAUGCCCUGCGGGUGGAGGCUGGCUGCAGCGUGCCGAGCCCCUGCGACUCCAGCCCCUGCCCGGCCAACAGCAUCUGCAAGGACGAGUGGCAGAGCUACUCCUGCGUCUGCCAGCCAGGGUACUACGGAGGGGACUGCGUGGAUGUGUGUCACCUCAACCCCUGCAAGAACAAGUCAGUGUGUCGCCGCAAGCCAGGCUCACCCCUGGGCUAUGUGUGCGAGUGUGGAGGGAACUUUUUCGGGCAGUACUGUGAGCACAGGAUGGACCAGCAGUGUCCAAAGGGCUGGUGGGGGAACCCGACCUGCGGGCCCUGUAACUGUAAUGUGAACAAGGGCUUUGACCCCGACUGCAAUAAAACCAACGGGCAGUGCCACUGCAAGGACUUCCACUACCGCCCCAAAGGCAGUGACACCUGCCUGCCUUGCGACUGCUACCCUGUGGGCUCCACCUCGCGUUCCUGUGACAAGGAGACGGGUCGGUGCUACUGCCGGCCCGGGGUCAUCGGGCGCCAGUGCAAUAGCUGCGACAGCCCUUUUGCCGAGGUGACGCCCAGCGGCUGCGAGGUGCUCUAUGAUGGCUGCCCCAAAAGCCUGAAGGCGGGUGUGUGGUGGCCCCAGACUAAGUUUGGCUUCUCAGCUGCGGUGCUGUGUCCCAAAGGCUCCUUGGGUGCAGCCGUCAGACACUGUGAUGAGGAGAAGGGUUGGCUGGAGCCAGAUCUCUUCAACUGCACUUCACCUGCUUUCAAGGAGCUCUCCAUGCUGCUGGAGGGCUUGGAGAAGAAUGAGACUGAGCUCAACACAAUUGAAGCCAAGAAGCUGGCCCACCGGCUCCGGGCUGUGACGGACCACAUGGACCACUAUUUUGGCAACGACGUGCACAUCACUUUCCGCCUACUGUCCCGUCUCAUGGCCUUUGAGAGCCGGCAGCGUGGCUUUGGCCUCACAGCCACGCAGGACGCCCACUUCAACGAGAACCUGCUGCGUGCAGGCAGCUCCGUGCUGGCACCUGAGAACCGGGAGCACUGGGCAAUGCUGCCACACAGCGAGCACGGCAGCGCUAGCCUCAUGGAGCAGCUGCGGGACUACUCAGGCACGCUGGCCAGCAACAUGAAACUCACCUACCUCAACCCUGUCGGCGUCGUCACCCCCAACAUCAUGCUGAGCAUUGAUCGUAUGGAGAACCACUCUCAUGUCCGCCGGCGCUACCCUCGCUACCACAGCAGCCUCUUCCGGGGCCAGCCUGCCUGGGACCCCCACACCCAUGUCGUGCUGCCACUGUCAGUGCUGAGCCCCCCGAAACCUGAAGCUGCCCCCACGGCGGAGCCCGCACUGGCUGGGGGUGAAGGGAACUACACUGUGGAGAACUCCUCCCCGAGGCAGGCGCUGCCAGAGCCCGAGCCCGCUCUCACUGUGAUCAUCCUCAUCAUGUACCGCACCCUGGGGGGGCUGCUGCCUGCACGCUACCAGGUGGAUCGCCGCAGCGUCAGGCUCCCCAAGAAUCCUGUGAUGAACUCCCCGAUUGUGAGCGUGUCUGUGUUCAGCAAUCACACCUUCCUGCGGGGGCCCCUGGACACCCCUCUCGUGCUGGAAUUUCACCUGCUGGAGACAGCCAACAGGAGCAAACCUCUCUGCGUCCAGUGGAACCACUCCAACCCGACCAACCCCUCCGGCUUCUGGACAGCCAGGGACUGUGAGCUCGUGUACCGAAACACCACACACGUCCAUUGCCAGUGCUCUCAGUUUGGCACCUUUGGGGUUCUAAUGGACAGCUCGCACCGAGAGCAACUGGAAGGUGACCUGGAGACUUUGGCAAUUGUCACCUAUUCCUUGGUGUCUCUCUCCUUGGUGGCUCUGCUGCUGACCUUCUCCUUCCUGACCUGCCUCAAAGGCCUCAAGUCCAACACACGUAGCAUCCACUCCAACAUAUCAGUCACCCUCUUCUUCUCUGAGCUGCUCUUUCUCCUUGGCAUCAACCACACUGAGAACCAGGUCUGUGGACUUGAACAAGCACGCCCUUGGGGGUGAGGUGUGGAUGAUGCAUUUCUUUGCACUGUGAUUGCCAUCCUCCUCCACUGCUUCUUCCUUUCCACCUUCGCUUGGCUUUUCGUCCAUGGCCUCCACAUCUACCGAAUGCAGACCGAAGCCCGCAAUGUCAACUUUGGGGCCAUGCGUUUCUACUAUGCCAUCGGCUGGGGAGUGCCUGCCAUCAUCACCGGGCUGGCCGUUGGCCUGGAUCCUGAGGGCUAUGGGAACCCCGACUUCUGCUGGAUUUCCAUUCAUGAUAAGCUGGUCUGGAGCUUUGCAGGCCCCAUUACUGUCGUCAUUGUGAUGAAUGGGGUCAUGUUCCUGCUUGUGGCCAAGAUGUCCUGUUCCCCAGGCCAAAAGGAGACUAAGAAGAAGUCGGUUCUCAUGACGUUACGGAGCUCCUUUGUUCUGCUUCUAGUUAUUAGCACUACCUGGCUCUUUGGCCUCUUGGCUGUCAACAACAGUGUCCUGGCUUUCCACUACCUCUACACUGUCCUCUGCAGCCUCCAGGGCCUGGCUGUGCUGGUCCUGUUCUGCGUGCUGAACGAGGAGGUGCAAGAGGCCUGGAAGCUGGCCUGCCUCAGCAAGAAGGGGCAGAACGAGGAGGCCACGAGGAGCACACAGGUGGGUGAGGGCAGGAGCAGCCCAGGGGGCCCCAACGCCUACAACAACACAGCGCUGUUUGAGGAGAGCGGGCUCAUCCGCAUCACCCUGGGGGCCUCCACCAUCUCGUCGGUGAGCAGCGUGCGCUCUGCCCGCACCCACUCCAGCCAGCGGGCUUACCUCAGAGACAACGUGACGGCCCGUCAGGGCUCGGCCCUGGAUCACAGCCUGCUGGCUCAUGCCGGCCCCACGGACAUCGACGUGGCCAUGUUCCACCGUGAUGCCGGGGGAGACCAGGACUCGGACUCAGACAGUGACCUGUCUCUGGACGAAGAGCGCAGCCUCUCCAUCCCAUCCUCAGAGAGUGAGGAGAACGUGCGCCUGCGGGGCCGCUUCCAGCGCCAGUUCAAGCGGGCGGCGCACAGCGAACGCCUCCUCACUAACCCCACCAACACCACUCCCAAAGACGUGGAUGGCAACGACCUCAUGUCGUACUGGCCGGCUCUGGGCGAGUGCGAGGUUCACCCCUGCUCCCUGCAGAAGUGGGGCUCAGAGCGGAAGCUGGGAUUCGACAUUAACAAGGAUGCGGCUAACAAUAAUCAGCCAGACCUGGCCUUGACCAGUGGGGAUGAGAACUCCCUCACCCAGACCCAACGGCAAAGAAAAGGGAUUUUGAAGAACCGCCUCCAGUACCCUCCAACUCUCCAAGGCUUGCCAUCUGUCGGGAGGAUGACCAAUGAGCUGACAUGGUACAAGACCUCCACGCUGGGUCACAGGGCUGUCCCUGCCGCCUCCUAUGGCAGGAUCUACUCUGGGGCGGGCAGUCUGUCGCAGCCAGCAAGCCGGUACUCAUCACGGGAGCAGCUUGACAUGCUGAUGAGGAGACAGAUGUCCCGGGAGCAGCUGAGCAGACACAACUCAGGAGAGUGCUUGGAAGCCCUGCACAGCCGUCAUGGGUCCAGGGAGGAGCUGGACACUAUCCCCAGCAGGCAUGGUCAGAGAGAUCAUGGGAACACACUGCCCCGGAGGCAGGGCUCCAGAGACCACCUUGACACUUUACCCUGCAGAUUUGGGUCAAGAGAGCAACUAGACUGUGGGCCAGUAAGAGAGGUCUCUAGAGAGUGGCUGAACACAUUGCCAAGUAGGCAAGUGUCCAGAGACCGAAUAGACAUGUUGCCAAGUCGAGACACUUCUCGAGAACAAUUGGAUUUGCUUUCUAGAAGACAGCCUUCAAGGGAUCAGCUAGCAUCAGCUAGACAAACAUCAAGGGAGCAGCUGGACUUUCUCUCCAGAAGAUCUAAUUCCAGAGAGCCUCUGGACACUGUGCCUAGUAGGCAUCCCUCGCAGGACAACCUGGGGAGUCUCUCUAGGAGGCAGCUGUCUAGGGAAAGCCUAGAGCCGCUGUCAAGGAGACAGCCUUCUAGAGAGAACCUGGAGGCUGUUCCCAGCCGACAUCCAUCCACUGAACAGUUAGAUAUCCUUUCUUCCAUCCUUGCUUCUUUUAACUCUUCCGUCCUGUCUUCGGUGCAAUCUUCCAGCACGCCUUCAGGCCCCCAGACCACCGCCACCCCUUCUGCUGUGCAGACCUCCUCGACACCUUCAGCAAUGUGCGCCUCAACGCCUCGCUCCACCACUUCUCACAGCAUUUCAGAGCUGUCACCAGACUCAGAUGACCAGGGGUCCGGCACACAGGAAGGCCGGGUGGCCAUGGCAGCAGAGAUGGUGCUGAACCACCGGGUGCCCCACAAGGCGCUGAGCGAGGCUGACCUGGAGGAGGUGGCACAGCGGAAACCUCCUGCCAAGCCCUCGCUGCACAGCUGUCUCCGCAAGAUCAGAUGCUCGGCCUCCACCGCCAAGUCCCUGCUCUUCCGGUUCCUGCCCUUCCUGAGCUGGCUGCCCCGCUACCCGGUCAAGGACUGGCUCCUGGGGGACAUCAUCUCGGGCUUCAGCGUGGGCAUCAUGCACCUGCCCCAGGGGCUUGCCUACGCACUGCUGGCUGGAGUGCCGCCCGUCACUGGUCUCUACUCCUCCUUUUACCCCGUCUUCCUCUACUUCUUCUUCGGGACGUCCAGGCACAACUCUGUGGGUCCUGGUGCUGACCUUGGGCUGCCCACACCCUGCCUGUCCCCAGGGCCCUUCGCUGUCAUCUCUGUCAUGAUCGGGAGCCUGACGGAGUCCCUGCUGCCCAGUGAGAACUUCAUGGAGUCCGUCAAUGGCAGCAACUUGACAGUCAAUGAGCAAUUGCGGGACGCUGCCAGGGUGGAGCUGGUGGCCACCAUCACUGUCCUGACAGGUGUCUUCCAGGUGGCCCUGGGCCUACUGCAGUUCGGAUUUGUUGUGACCUACCUCUCAGAACCACUGGUGCGUGGCUACAUCACCGCUGCCUCCAUGCAUGUCCUCGUCUCCCAGCUCAAGAAUGUCUUCGGGGUGACCCUAAGCAAGCACUCAGGGCCACUCUCACUCUUCACGACCUUCAUUGAGAUCUGCCAGAAGCUGCCAGAGACAAACGUGGGCACCCUGGUGACGGCCAUCAUUGCCAUGGUGGUUAUCUUCAUUGUGAAAGAGCUCAACCACAAGUUUGCUGCCAAGCUGCCCAUGCCCAUCCCCAUCGAGCUUAUCACGAUCAUCGUCUCCACUGGCAUCUCCUACGGCGUCAACCUGAAUGCCAAGUUUGGCAUCUCCGUGGUGGGCAACAUCCCCAGUGGGUUGAAGCCGCCUGUGGUGCCUAACGUCAGCUACUUUGGGCAGGUGGUGGGCAACGCCUUCGCCAUUGCCGUAGUGGGCUAUGCCAUCUGCAUCUCCCUGGGCAAGAUCUUUGCCCUGAAGCACGGCUACAAAGUGGACAGCAACCAGGAGCUGAUCGCGCUGGGCCUCUGCAACUUCCUGGGUGGCUUCUUCCAGUGUUUCGCCAUCAGCUGCUCCAUGUCGCGGAGCCUGGUACAGGAGAGUACGGGGGGCAACAGCCAGGUAGCUGGUGUCAUUGCAUCCCUGGUCAUCCUGGUGACCAUCCUGAAGAUCGGAGAGCUCUUCCGGGACUUGCCCAAGGCCAUCUUGUCUGCCAUCAUCAUCAUCAACCUCCACGGCAUGUUCAAACAGUUUAAAGACAUCUGCACGCUCUGGAAGUCCAACCGGGUGGACCUGAUGGUCUGGGUUGUGACAUUCGUGGCCACCCUCAUGCUGAACUUGGACAUUGGUCUUGGGGCCUCGGUGGCCUUCGGGCUGCUCACCGUCAUCUUCCGCACCCAGCUCCCCCACUACUCCAUCCUGGGACGCAUCUCCGACACCGAUGUCUACAGGGAUGUGGCUGAAUACCAGAUGGCACAGGAGGUCCCCGGUGUGAAGAUCUUCCGCUCCUCCUCCACCCUCUAUUUUGCCAAUGUGGAGCUGUAUGCUGAGGCCCUGAAGAAGAAGAGUGGCAUCGACGUGGACCGCCUGAUCAAGAAGAAGAAGAAGGCUCUCAAGAAGCUGAAGAAACAGCAGAAAAAAGCAGAGAAGGAGAAGGCAAAGAGGAAAAAGGUGCUUCCCUGUUGUAAAGCACCUGUCCGGUGCCACCCUGCACUGUCUCCCUGCCUAGCUGCAGAGGAUGGGCUUAACGGUCCAGGAGUGUCAGUGAUCGAGCUGAGCGGGGCAGAGGACAGCGCGCCCCCCGAGCCCACCCUGCGCACCCUGGGGCUGCCCCAGCCCAGCUUCCACGCUGUCAUCUUGGACUUCAGCCCUGUCAGCUUCAUGGACACUGUCUCCAUCAAGAUCCUGAAGAACAUCUUCAGGGAUUUCCGUGAGAUAGAAGUGGAUGUCUUCGUUGCCUGCUGCUCAGUGACUGUCCUUGCCCAGCUGGAGCGGGGCAACUUCUUCAGCUCAGCCAUCACCAAGCACUGCUUCUUCCCCUCGGUGCACGACGCCGUGGUCCAUAUCAGCGAGGGGCCGCGCCAGGCCUCAGUGGACCACAGCACCAGAAUGUAG